CACGAGGUUCGGAAUUCCUGUUUUCCUGAAACAAAAUAGAAUAAUGUCCGAUGCAAACUUAUGAAUUACCGAAUAUUAUUGAAAGAGGUGUAAAUAUUGUAUAUAAAAAGUUGACAGCAUGGAGCACUGGAAUCCAUUGAAAGAUGAUUAUAAUGAUUCAGAAUUUAAUUCUUACAAUAAAGGACCAGGACGGAAUUUACCUAAAAGUGAUGGUGUGAAAAGUGGUGUUCAGUUAUAUGUUACAGGAAUACCAGUCAACCUUAGACAGGAUGGUUUACGGAAUUUAUUUUGUCAAGCUGGUAGAGUAACCCAUGUUAAAAUUUUACCAACAAAGAUACCAGGGUCACUUGAUACGUUUGGGUUUGUUACUAUGGCCAGUGUUAAAGAAGCAACAGAAGCUUUGACAAGAUUUCAUGGUUUUCAGAUUGACAGAUUCAGAUUAAAAGUUCAACCAUGUCAGACACCUGAAGAACAAAACAGAAGGAAACGCAUUAAAGAACAAGAUGAAGCUUUCCUCAGUACGUUGAAUUGUGGUAAAAUAAAUUCACCUGCUGCAAACAAAGAUUCCGAUGACACUGACGACGAUCUUCAGACAAAAAAACCAAGUAUGAAUGGAGUUCAUAAAGAUGAACAGUUAACAGAGAAACUGGGUAAAGGAAGAGGUCGAGGAUCUAUUGUAAACAGUCAAGAUAUAUCAGUAUUAGAUCAAUCUAUAGUAAGUCAUGGUCCAUCAAGUAUUGGUAUGAAUUCUAGUAUUGAUAGUUUAGUUGAUUUAACUAUAACAGUUGGUAACCAACAGAGACAAGUCUGUGUCGACCCUGAUACAGUGAGAAGAGGUUCGGUUGAUGCUGGUCGAUCGUCCAGGAUGAGUUAUGCAGGUUCUGAAUGCAGUUAUUCUGGUCAUGGUGUGCAAACCAAUGUAUUUCGAGGGCGUGGUUAUAACAGAUACAAUUCAAGUCCUACGUUUGUACCAGGUCCCUCUGGAGAUAGACUUCAUCAUACGAUGCCACAAACACCAAAAUCUGGUAAAGAAUGUCUUUAUUGUAGAAAGAAAGCCGUUAAGCUGUGUACAAGAUGUAAGAUGCCAUAUUGCAGUGCAGCUUGUCAAGCAGCCGAUUGGCCGAAACAUAAAACCAGUUGCUCUAAAAUAAGCACGAUGCCAAAAGAAAUAGAUGUUGAAGAUUUCGAGGUUUCAAUUGGUGAAGAUAUUGUAGAGUAUUUUCCACCCAAAGAUCGUGUAGCAAUUCAACAAGAAUAUGGGGAUAAAAUAAAAACAGCAUAUAAAAAAGACCAGCAGGUGCUUGAAACGACAGAACCUAUCAAACCGUUGAAGCAUUCCUCUCCUAAAAAAAAUCAAAGCAAAAAGUCAAACAGUCCCAGAAAACCGUCCGGACCAGGUUUUGAAGCACCACUGCUCAGCGACUUACCUAAACUUGAUCUAGAAUUAAAUAAAGAUAUUUCGACAAUGGUAACACACCUAGAUUCACCGGAUUCAUUUUUUGUGUGUUUGAUUGAAGAUCUGGAAAAAUCUUUCAGUGUUGGCGAGAACCUUGUAAGUUUUUAUUUAACAUUUAUUAAAAUAGCUAGAGGAUCUUAAACCUGCUAUCAAUGUUGGGGAGUUGAAUGGCCGAAUGGUUAGCACGUGCACGUUGUAUCAUAAUGUCCAUUGGCGUGGUUUCGAUUCACAGGUUGUAAAUUACAAACAGUAGGGUUGCCUGUCCAACCUCGUGGGUUUUCUCCAGGUCCUCGGGUUUCCUCCCACUGCUAAAGACCCCUACGCGCAUGAAAAUUAUUUAAAUGAAAUUGAACCAUAUAUUAAUCCCGAUGUUACCUAGUUUGUGUUGGGUGUUCUUUAUCGAUAUCUUUGAGCCACGGUGGAUCAGUGAGUAAGACUGGCUCACUAAGCAGGACCCGGGUUCAGGGCCGAUGUUGGUUGUAAAAGUUCCCUAGGAUUUUCCUGUGCAGUUCCCCUUGUCUAUGUGCUGGAAAGAGGAUCUGACAAGUAAAGUGUCUUGUCAUUCGGAUGGGACAAAAACAAGGUCCUGUGUAUACAUUGUCAUACACAUAAAGGUCCCAUGACACUUGGAAUUCGAAAUAAGAGCAGGCUGUUGCAUCAAUCUCAGCACGAAAUUUCCCUUCAUUAGCC